AUUCCCAGGAGAGAGCUGAGAAUAUGGCUGGAGUUUCUGUUCUUCCCCUGGACGUAUUGCUGGCCAAGCGUGUCCAGGAAAUGGUCCUCAAAGGGGAGGAUCCACCGCAGCCGUAUAUUUGCAGGGAUGGUGAUGAUAGCGAAGAUGUUUCUUCUUCGUUAUCUCCCAUUCCCAUCAUCGAUCUAAGUCUUUUCUCAUCUUCAGCACCAGAGACUACUGAAAAAGAAUUACAGAAGCUUAAAUCAGCGCUUUCCUCAUGGGGCUGCUUUCAGGCAACAGGUCAUGGGAUCUCAACUUCCUUUCUAGAUGAGAUUCGUCAAGUCACAAAGGAGUUCUUUGAACAGCCAAUAGAAGAGAAGAAGAAGAUUUCUAAAGGAGUUGAAGAAUUUGAAGGGUAUGGAGCUGAUCCCACCCCUGAAGAAGGACAAUACCUUGACUGGUCUGAUCGUGUGUUUCUCGAUGUAUACCCAGAAGAUCUAAGGAAAUAUAAAUUUUGGCCAGAAAGCCCAAAUUCUUUCAGAGAUGUAUUAGAGAACUACACCAUCAAGAUGAAGAUGGUGACAGAGAUGAUUUCCAAGGCCAUGGCAAAGUCGUUGAAUUUAGAAGAAAACUGCCUCUUGAAUCAAUUUGGUGAACGAGGAGCACUGCAAGCAAGGUUUAAUUACUACUCACGAUGUCCGAGGCCUGAUAUUGUCCUGGGCUUAAAACCCCAUGCAGAUGGUUCAGGAUACACAAUUCUCUUGCAAAAUGAAGUAGAUGGUCUUCAAAUCCUCAAAGAUGAUUGCUGGCUUACAAUUCCUACAAUUUCUAAUGCUCUCCUAGUCCUUAUGGGUGAUCAAAUGGAGAUAAUGAGUAAUGGAAUAUUCAAGAGUCCAGUGCACCGGGUAUUGGCUAGCUCAGAAAGGGAGAGGAUUUCUGUGGCAGUCUUCUAUACACCUGAAUCCGGAAAAUUGAUUGGACCAGAAGAAGGCUUAAUUGAUGAGGAAAGACCAAGGUUAUUCAAGAAGGUGAAAGAUUAUGCUGAUAUACACUGGAAAUACUACCAGAAAGGGCAGAGAGCCCUUCAUGUAGCAAAACCUUAAAAUACAAUCCUUGUCUACUGUGGUUUGCAAGAAAGAAGUUUGUCUUAAUAUUGUAGUUUGUGGAUGCUAUGGAUCCUUUGCUGCAUGUACAUACUCUUUGUAAUUAAAAUAAGUAGUCUUAGGUAAUGUAUGGAUAUUCGAUACCUAAGUGUGUGCAUGCAAGAGGAGUAUCAUGUAUGGACAUGAAACACAUGAAAUUUAAUCAUAAGAAGGGAAAAUACAAUUUCUUGAGGUGCUUCA